AGGCGCAGCAGCAGCAGCAACAGCAACAGCAGCAACAACAACAACAGCAGCAGGUCGGCUCACCGGGAAACGGAAAUGUGGGAAAGAAUAGUCCAUCUCCCGGAAAUUCAUCUUCUCCCGGUACGGUUGUAACUUCCAAUAAAACCCAAACGGAAUCAAAACCGGUGGAAUGCAACCUGUGCCAUCGAAAAUUUAAAAACAUACCAGCCCUUAAUGGUCAUAUGAGACUCCACGGUGGUUACUUCAAAAAGGACGCGGAGAACAAGAAAAGCGAGAAGAAAGAGGUCGUCGGACCGCCUCUGCAGACAGCAUCCGUCAGUGUGAGAGCGCUUAUCGAGGAAAAGAUCAUUCAAAAAAGAACAACAGCAGUGGAUGCAAAUGGCAAUCAGCAGUUUCGAACGAAUACCACCGUCUUCACCACGCAAGCCGACGCCGUCUCGCAAGCCAUUGCUGGCAAGACGAACUUCGCGGUUCCGGCUCCACCGCCCUUGGCAGCGGGGGAAAAGGUGCGUCGGCUUUCCGAUGGUGAACACUUCCGGCAUCCCAAUGUCACCGUGAGUGCCCAUGCGAUUGUGCAAAAGCAGUUGCAGGAAGCGAAAACUCAGGCUCAGGCGCAAGCGCUUGCGGAUAUGAUUCUAAAGGGUGCGAAAGUGGCUGUAAAGAGAACAACGUCCGAUCCGGGACAAAGAUUACACUUGACUUACCAGCAGCCCGUGCAAUCGGCGACGACCAACCAACAACCGAAUAAUCAACAGCCACAGGCACAACCUGCGGUAACGGAAAAUUUCACAAUGACUGGAUACGCCGAGGAUGGCGGUUACUUCAGCCCAAGCCUGCAGGACGAGGUGUUUCAGCAGGUCACAACGGUUCCUGAAAGCGUGCUCCUGCACACGUCCCAGCUGGACUCGAUUCAGUUUCAGACGGCCAGUCUGUUGCAAGAACAAUCCACCGAACAGUUGCAGGAUAUCACGCUGGAGGACCGAUAUUCCUCGCAGCACACGGUCAAUCCGGAUCUUCAAGCAUUGGUGAACUCACCACUGCCAGAUUCUCUGGCCGAAUUCAGUACUUAUGCCGCGCAAUACACAGAAAGUCCUCAUACAUUGCCAACCCAAUCGCCUCUGCCAUCGCCUUUAACGCGACACGAUAGUCCAAGUUUCACGUAUCCUACACCACCAGCCAGUCAGGAGGGUCUACUCACCGGAAGUCUGCCGUUGCUGAGUCCUCAGGAGGAUCCGGAGAGCGUGAGGCAUAUGUCGUCGCCGCUCUCGGCAGCGUUUUAUACCACUUCGAUGUCGUCCGCCGCGGCCGUGGAGGAGGCACUGAACGAGGUGCUGCCGGGUGAAUCCGAGGCGGACGCGGGUCUCUACGGGUCCGGUUCGCCUAAUCCGCACUCGCCACUGCCAAGCCCAUUGUCGGCGACGUCGGCGCCGUCGCCACUGCCGCCGUCCUCCGUCUCGUCGCCGGGAGCAAUCACCUUCACCGGCACGAGCUUCCCCGUGUCACCGCAUCACGCGCUUCAAAGCCAGAUGAUGCCGAACUCGGAGGAUCCGCUACUCUCCUCGACCUCGAAGGACUUUGCCGUUUCUGGUCGCAGGCGAUUCGAGUUUCAAUCGUACAAACUAAUCACGAGUCAGAAUCUGAUGGAUCUUGGUCUCGGGAACGGUAGUCUCGCCGGCAUCGUCGUCGACAACAACGGCGAGUUUAAACUAAUACAGACGGCGAGUCUGCAGAAGGCAAAUGUACUCGUACAGGCAGGCUCUCUCAGUCCCGCACUCACGUUCAAGAAAGAGAUCCGUCUGGCAACACCAAAAAACGAGCCUGUGACCGUAAAUCUCGGUCAGAACGUUCAAACGACAAAUCAGCAACAGUGCAACGCAGAACAGUUCAAUCAACAGCAAAUCGUCAACCCGGCCAAGUUUUUUGUUCAAACUAAUCAUGCGGCAAAGAAUAAUAUCUUGAGACAAAAAUCGACUGCCGGAAAUUUACCAAUACCUAUUGAUCAGAUCAAGCAGGAAAUGUUAGACGAGGAUGUGUUUCUCAGUCCUGGUAGUUUACCCACCAACAGUCCCGUGCGACACUGUCGGAAGAGGCCACGUAUGGACGGUGACCAAUAUGUCAAUAGUUCGCAUUCUUAUCCAUCAAGGUUGCGAAAAGCUUGCGACCGCCAUUGGGACAGUAGCUACACACCACCGCCGAUCUUAGAUCCGUCUCGUCCCGGUCCGGGAUUAUACGCGAGACUGCAUCAACACGAGAGAGAUUCGGACUUUAGUUCCGAUGAUUCUCAAGGGAACGACGGUCCACCGCCGAGAAUCAACAUCGGUACAAGAUAUCAAGCCACAAUACCUCCAAUAGAACACGAUGGAGACAGAGGAAACGACGGGCCAGAAGCUGACCAUCUUCUGUGGGAUCCUGGCAUAAACCAUGUGCUUACAGACACUGAACUGGAGAUGUACCUGCAGUUCGCGUGUUGUGCCGCGGUGCCAGGCGGUGGUAGAAACAAGGAGUAUGCGCUUCAUCUGUUACACAUGUGCAAAGGGAAUAUCCAUGAAGCGAUGGUGAAAUUGAUGCGACCAACGCCUACACUACCAAUGGAGCAUCCACUGCUCAGUUACGAGUGCCACGAGUCCGACAGAUGGACGUCACACGAAAUGGACGCGUUCUAUCAGGGACUGCUCAAGUACAACAAGGACUUUUCUGCGAUUUCGCGAGACGUCGGUGCCAAGUCCGCGAAACAAUGCGUGCAGUUCUACUAUCUUUGGAAGAGGCUCUGUCCUGAUGAGUACAAGAGGCUACGUAUUUGUCAUGGAAAAGUGAAAAUCAAGAGCGAGAUUAGAGAUAGUAAGGAUACCAAAGAACUACGCGAUGCUAUCGCGUCCGUGACAGAAAUGGACUUCAGUGAAGACAAAUCGAUCCUUCAUCGUACUCUGUUACAAACAAACGAAAGAGAAAAUUCAGCGACUCUGACUACCAGCGAAGGAGAGCUGAGGUUAUUCGCAUAUGACUGCCCAGAUAGCUUUAGCGGAAGUGUAACAGUAACGAUGGCCGGGAGCACCCAAACCGCCCAAAUCGGCAAUACCGGCCACGCCACAGUCAACACCAACUCACAAACUCACACUAGUUCUGAGCAACAACUACCCGCGCCUACCCCACUUCACUACCCCUGCAAGAUUUGCGGGAAAGUUUUCAACAAAGUGAAAAGCAGAAGUGCCCACAUGAAAUCUCACAGGCCAAUACCCUUGCCCGAUUCAACGGGUCAGGAAUCUAAGCGAUCCAUGCAACAGUCAUCAAAAACGCAACAAUCAAUGCUGUCGCAGCCAAGCCAACAGCAACAGCAGCAGCAACAGCAGACGGACAAUGCUACACCGCAAGCUCAAGACCAUCAACAACAACUGUUGUCCGCGAGUAUCAGUGACAGCAACACCAAAAAUACAACACAUUUAUGUCACAAUCCGACGAGACCCCCAUAGGACAAGAUCCAAGUAAUUAAACUUAAACUACCUUAACGAAGGCUGUAAUGAUACUGUAGGAAAGUAAUAUGGUCGCGCGCGGUACAGGCAGGCUUUAAAAUAAUAGCGACCGUCGCACAAUCGUUACGAAUAAUAUUGAAAUAUCUUUUUAUGUAAACAAGACCUUUGCUCACAAUGGGGCAGGUUGCGUAAGUGAACUUCCAAGAUAGAUAGUUUCAAAAACGCCAAUACCUCUACCCACGCGAAACUGUAUAAGAGAGAGACCGGUAAGUCUAUCAAGUCAGAUAAACUAAUUGAAUUUAUGAGACUCAUAUGGAGUAUGUAUCGUAGUCGGCCGUUCAGAAAAA